AUGAGAGGCAGACUGUACAGGCUGGAAGGCAGGAUGAGAGGCAGACUGUACAAGAUGAGAGGCAGACUGUACAGGAUGAGAGGCAGACUGUGCUGGAUGGAAUGGCAGGAUGAGAGGCAGACUGUACAAGAUGAGAGGCAGACUGUACAGAAUGAAAAGCAGGAUUCGAGGCAGACUGUACAGGAUAAGAGGCAGGAUGAGAUACAGACUGUACAGGAUGAGAGGCAGGAUUCGAGGCAGAGUGUACAGGAUGAGAGGCAGACUGAACAGGAUGAGAGGCAGAGUGUACAGGAUGAAAGGCAGGAUGAGAGGCAGACUGAACAGGAUGAGAGGCAGAGUGUACAGGAUGAAAGACAGGAUGAGAGGCAGACUGUACAGGAUGAGAGGCAGAGUGUACAGGAUGAAAGACAGGAUGAGAGGCAGACUGUACAGGAUGAGAGGCAGAGUGUACAGGAUGAAAGACAGGAUGAGAGGCAGACUGUACAGGAUGAGAAGCAGACUACAGGAUGA